UUCACGCUUUGUUGUUUAGUUAUCAGUUUCUUUCUUUUACUUGUACUUCAUCAUGCCUCCUCGUGCACCACAGACUCGUGAAGGCGGUGGAGGCGGCGGCGGCGGCAGAGGUGGUCGUGGCGGUGGUCGCGGCGGCCCUCGCGGUGGACCACCUCCUCGCGGCGGCCCAGCUAGAGGUGGAGCAGUUCAAGCUCCCACUGGUCCCGCCGCUCUGCCUGGAAGCCAUGUUCAGGCCGUGGGGGUAAAACGACCUGGAUAUGGAACGGCAGGCAGAGCAGUGACUGUAUAUUCUAAUUUCUUCAAGAUUAGUCUCCCAGAAAGCGUUAUCCAUCACUACGACGUUAUCUCGCCUGAUGAGAAGGCACUUCCGGCGCGUUUGAAUAUGGACUUGAUCCAUCACCUUCAGACUAUCGAUGCCGUCGAUGUCUUUACACCUCGGGCCGUUUACGAUGGGCGAAAGAACCUCUUCGCCCCCAGGGAACUACCUUUUGGUCCGCAAAAUAGUCAAGAGUUUGAUGUUUGCCUCUCCGAUGAUCCUAAUCGCGGAAGUCCGGGGGAGAACACGGGAGGUCGCGGUCCCAAGGUAUACAAGAUUAAACUGACGAAGGUUGCACAAAUCAACCCUGAUAGGUAUCUUUCUGAGGGACACUUCAAUCGAUCAUUAACGUCGUGUAUCCUGCAGGCAUUGAAUGUUGUCGUCCGUAUGGAACCAACGAUGAAGUACCCAUUUAAUGUUCGGUCUUUCUUCACCGAUCGGGAGACUAAAGAUAUCGGCUCCGGCCUUGUGUUAUGGCGCGGAUACUUCCAGUCAGUGAGACCCGCGAUCGGGCAGCUCCUCGUCAAUGUCGAUAUCUCGACUGGAACGAUGUAUAAGUCUGGAGCACUGAUGGAUAUCUGUCUCGAGUUCCUAGGUAGACCUGGGCAACACGCGUUGCUUAGCCCGCGAAGUGGCUUACCCGAUCGUGAACGAAUCCGUCUGCAACGUUUUAUUUUUGGUAUUCGGGUCAAAACGACAUACGCCGGCGAAAACAAGACCCCUCGAGUCGUCAAGAAAUUGAGCAGCGCAGGGGCUGCGGAUUUAAGUUUCACCUUGCGGGAUGGAACUAGUAGGACUGUGGCUCAGUACUUCCAGACCAUUCUGAACCGUCCUUUGAGGUUCCCAAACAACCUUUGCAUUGAGGUUGGCAGCGGUGCCUUGAUCCCUCUAGAACUGUGUACGGUUCCACCAGGUCAAAUAAUGCGGAAGCAGGUUCCUCCUGAGAAAACCAAGGACGUUCUGGAAUUCGCUACAAAGCGACCUGAGCACCGCCUGGCUAGUAUCACGAAUGGUCUUUCGGUCCUUCAAUACGGCCAGUCGGAAUACGUGCGCCAAUUCGGCAUGCACGUUGAAGAUACUACUGGACCGCUUACAGUAACAGCGCGUGUCCUGCAACCGCCAAAAUUGAAGUACGGCCCGGGCAGCGCGCAGCCUACCAUUACACCAAGUAACGGCGCGUGGAAUAUGAUCGAUAAGCGAUUUUUCAGACCUGCAUCUAUUGACAGGUGGAUCGUUGUAGUCUAUGAGAGACAGCAGCGUUUCAACCCUCAGGCUGCACAAGACAUGAUCGACGGCAUGCUAAGGAGUUUCAGAGACGUUGGUAUCCGUAUCACCGACGAUAAGCCGAUCGUAACUUGGCAAAACGGCCAAGGCCGGAUUGCGGAGCAACUGCGUGCCGCUGGCACUGAGUGUUUCCAGAGGACUAAACAGCGCCCACAGCUCAUCGUUGUAGUUCUUCCCGAGAACGGCAAUGAUAUUUACACUGCAGUUAAACACUUUGGAGACAUUACAGUUGGUGUUGCGACCCAGUGCCUAAAGAGUCAGAAGUGCUUCCGCGCAAAACCUCAGUAUUACGCGAACGUCUGCCUCAAGGUUAAUGUCAAGCUAGGUGGCAUCAACACUAUUCCCGAUCCCCAGUCGGUAUCGGUUCUUACAGACCCUCGUAACCCUACCAUCGUCAUGGGUGCCGACGUGAUUCAUCCUGCGCCUGGGUCUGAUGGCCGUCCUUCAUUCACUGCACUCGUUGGCAAUGUAGACUCAGACACCGCCAAAUACAUCGCAACAAGUCGCGUUCAAGCCUCUCGUGUCGAGAUCAUCGAAGACCUUCAGGAUAUGACGAAGCACGUCCUGAGUAUGUACAUGAAGUAUCGCCAGUUCGCGGAGAAGAAGACGGGGAAUCUUGCUCCUGCGCGUCUCAUCUUUUACAGAGACGGUGUUUCGGAAGGACAGUUCAAGCAAGUUCUUGACUCCGAACUUAAGUCGAUCAAAGGGGCUUGCGCGGAGCUGAAGAUCAACCCCAAGAUCACCAUUAUCGUGGUCGCGAAGCGUCACCAUGUUCGCUUCUUCCCCAGUGGCUCAGGACCUAGUGAACAGGAUAAGAGCGGAAAUUGCCUCGCAGGAACUGUAGUCGACCAGGUCGUUGCCCAUCCCACGGAGUUCGACUGGUAUCUGCAGAGCCAUGGCGGUCUGCUCGGUACGAGUCGCCCCGCGCACUACAAUGUUCUCUACGAUGAGAACGAAUUCAGUGCCGAUGGUCUGCAGUCUCUGUCUUUCGCUCUGUGCCAUGUGUAUGCUCGAUCAACUCGGUCUGUUUCAAUACCCGCUCCUGUAUAUUAUGCCGAUAUCGUCUGCUCCCGCGCUAAGAACCACUACGACCCUCAAGGGAACGUUGAUUUCUCUGAUUCUGCCACCCAGCUCGACUCAGCCCAGGCUGAGGGCGCCUUGGAAGCUUACAAACGCGGAUUCAAGCCUCUACAUGCCAACAUGGCAAGCUUGAUGUAUUUCUCUUGAACAAUGUUACUCUACCCGCUUAAUUACCUCAAAGCAAAUGACUGUUAGUUUGCUCGUACAAUCUUCGUUUUCGUCUCUCUUGCCGCGUUUAAUCCCGUUCCGCUAGUCUCAUGACAUCACACCUCUCCUUGUAAAAAAUACGUACAUUGCACGAAUACCAUUGGCCACCCGCAUUGCUUGACGUACUAUGUUCGGACUGAUACUACGAAAUGUAAUGCUGUGAUAUUCGUUGCAGACAGCAUUGACCAGUUCGAC